AUGGUCGACGACUUCAACAGGUUCAUGGCCCACUUCGGGCAUAUUCAACAGCAGAAAGAGCAGCUCAAGCAGGAAAAGUCUCCUUGCAAGGGCCAGAAGCCCACAAGACAUUCACACCAGCGUCCAGUGAAGCUCCGAGUUUGUAUCGGGCGGCGUUAUCCACGGCGUCACAUGUGCUCGUUCACUGGCCAGAAGAAUCCUCUAUACGCCCACUCUGAUCAUGAUGCCACAGACCAUCAUGCGGUUCUGCUUGGUUACCCCCCAUCAGAGCUCACAGCAGGGAUUUAG